AGCUCUGUAACUCAAGAUGCUGCCGCGACUCGCAGCACGCCUUGCCCCGGUUGCCCGGGUGCGGCCUCAUGUCGCGGUGCUUCGGUUGCAGACGCGAUGCUUUGCACAUCCUACGAACACGCAUUUGAUGCUCGACAGCGAAGAGCUUCCGCCAGCUUCCGAGAAGCCCAUGUACAAGAAUGAGUUUGUGCUGAAAAGCCCCAAGGAAUAUGAAGAGGAAAUGAAGAAAGCCGUCAGGGCUCCUGUGGUGCACGACACCUCACAACUCAUGGAGACUUCAGGCGAUCCUCACCAAUGUUUUGGCAUGGGAGUCACCAGGCAAUAUCAUUACGACUCUGUGCGUGAGCCAACCUUCCCAAGAAAGCCGGACCUCUCCAAAGGUGAGCUCGCUGCUGGUGCUACUCUCACACGAACCGACGUUUGGCACGAUCCCAAAGAGCCAGCCAUUGUGUCAGUUGCAAAGUUUUCUCCAGAAAACUUCCGCCCAGUUGGCCUGGCCGAGAAUGCUCCAAUGCCAACAACCACGGUUCCUGAAGGGGCUUUGGACUUCCGAGCCAAUCGCCUUCCCAUCGGCCAUGCAGAUCGUCGUCCUUAUGUGUACUUCAUGACUGCAGUGAGUGCGGCUAUUGCAGCCUCCAUCAUCCGAGCGGUUGCUUGCAAGCUGAUCCUCACCUUGUGGCCCACCAAAGAUGUUUUUGCUGCUGGCGUUGUGGAGGUCGACUUGCGCCCCAUUCGGCUUGGGCAGAACUUCACGGUCAAGUGGCGCUCCAAGCCCGUCUUCAUCCGCAAGCGCACACCGAACCAAAUUGCAGCUGCCAAGAAGGAUGAUGUGAUUGCUCCAUCAAUGCGUGAUCCAGCUACAGAUGCAGAGAGGUGCAAGCGCCCUGAGUGGUUGAUUUGCAUUGGUGUGUGUACGCAUUUGGGCUGCAUCCCACAGCCUGAUGCCGGAAACUAUGGUGGCUACUUCUGCCCAUGCCAUGGAUCACACUAUGACUUUGCUGGCCGCAUGCGACAAGGACCUGCACCGAAGAACCUGGAGUUGCCCCCUUACCAGUUCCUUGACGACAACACCGUGAAGCUUGGCUGAGCCAGAUCUCAAUUCCCACGUCAAGUAGUCAAGUGGCACUUUUUGAUGCAGGUUUGCCUUGGGCAAUUGCCCUGUGGCUUCUGGGACUGGCGGGACUGCUAUGAAUAGAGCCACAACUUCGCCUUUGAUUGAAAAAAUGAAACAAUUUUGGCCCCAACCUGCCAAGUUAUCCAAGUCACACAUGAUAUUUAUAGGCGUGAUGCAUUUUUGCAGCUUGAGCGCUGGACUUGUCUCAAGGCAGAUUUAUUUCACAAAAUAUGGAAAUGUAGCACUGCAGAGCGC